AUGGCAGGAGGAUCCAAGGUCAAGAAGAAGCGUGGUAGACCGAAGCGUGGCCUUUCUUCUUCAGAGGCGCCGAGGAAAGUUAAAUCGAUGGUGGAGUUAAUUGGAGUGGAACCAGUGUUGUUCUCAGAGGAUGAAGAACCCAUUCUGAAUGAAGAUGGGAGUGGGAUAGCGAACGAGACAGAGGUUCUUUCUCCUUCUGAAAUGCAGCGCAAGACUCAGAUCAGGGUUCAAUUUUCCCAUCUAUUGGAAAAGCGUGAAGCUCAACGCAGUGGUAAGGAUCUGGUUAUCCCUAAUUCUCCUUCUAAUCCUGGAUCGAGUAAUGUGAAUAUUCCAAAUAGUCUAGGAGGAGAUGCUAGUUUGGCAACACAGAUGAAUGAAUUUGUUAAAAUUGAUAUGGAAGAUAUUGUUGAGGAGGUGAAUUACUGGAGUCCAUCGUUAGUUUGCUAUGUGUUAGGAGCCAAUCCUCCAUUGCCUGUUCUUGAAGGAUUUUGUCGACGUAUUUGGAAGAAUAUGGGGAUUGACAAAGUGGCUGGGCUAGGACAGGGUGUCUUUAUCGUGAGAUUCAAUACAGUGGAGCAGAGAGACUUUGUUCUGAAUAAUGGAAUCAUGUUCUUUGACAAGAAACCACUUAUCAUGAAGCCUUGGAAUGCAAAUGAUGAUUUUAAGAAGGAAGAUAUGCAACAAGUGCCAAUUUGGAUACAGUUAACCAAUCUUGAUCUGAAAUAUUGGGGUGAGCAGUCAUUAUUCAAGAUUGUGUCUCAAAUUGGGCAACAGUUAAAGAUAGAUCCUGUAACAAAAUCUAAGGGGAAGCUUAAUUUUGCAAGGAUAAUGAUUGAGGUGUCUAUAGCUCAAUCUUUUCCUAGCAUUAUAAGUUUUAUCAAUGAGAAGGAUUGCCAAAUGGAUGUGAUGGUGCACUAUGAAUGGAAACCGAUUGUUUGCUCACAUUGUAAGGGAUUGGGACAUGAAUCUACUUUGUGCAAAAAGCAAAAUGGGUCAAAAGUUUGGAUACCAAAAGAUCAAAGGCAGGUCUCUACUAAACAGGACACUAUAGAUGCUGAGGGUUUCUGUACUGUCAAAGGGAAAGGAAGGAAGAGAGAUGGUAGUAAUUGCCACAGGGAAAGCGUUGCUGAAAAUCUAAGUAAUACAUUUCAGGUUCUAGCUGAAACAAAUCUGGCGACAAAAGAUACAGAGCAAGGAAUUGAUAUCACUGCAGGAGGGGGAGAUCCUCCUACAGUCCUAUCAUGGAAUGUGAGGGGGUUGAACCAAACCCAGAAACAACAUGAAGUCAAAAAAUUUAUUUUGACUAAAAAAAUUAGUUUGGUUGGACUCCUUGAGACUAAGGUUAAGGCUAAGAAGAUGGGAGCCUUAUUCCUAAACAUGUUUAGGGAUUGGUGUUUUACUUCAAACAAUGCGUGGUUUAAUAAUGGCAGAAUUUUAUUGGCUUGGAAUCCAAAUGUCUUCUCUGUGGAUAUUCGGGUUUGUUCAAGUCAAUGCAUUCAUUGUUGGGUGGUACCUCAAAAUGGUUCAAGUGGUUUUUUCUGUACAUUUGUUUAUGCUUUUAAUGAUGAGGAGCGUAGGAGAGUUUUAUGGCAACAGAUCAGAGAUAUACAAACUAUGGAGCCAUGGAUUUUGCUUGGUGACUUCAAUGCUACCAUUAAUAAGGAUGAAAGAAUUGGUUACAGAGUGAGGUCUCUCUAUUCUGAAUCUUUCUGUAACUGUCUGCUUGACUGCGAUUUGCUUGAUAUCCCUUUCCACGGUUGUUUCUUCACCUGGAAUAACAAGCAAAUUCCACCUGGCCGCAUUAUUGCCAAGCUUGAUAGAGUUUUGGGUAAUUCAGCUUGGUUGGAAAAUUUUCCUCUCGCGAAUGCUUGUUUCUUACCGGAGGGUAUUUUUGAUCAUUCUCCAACAGUGGUUUCCCUGAGUAAGGCUAUGGAGUUAGGGAAGAAGCCUUUUCGUUAUUUCAAGAUGUGGCAAAAGUUUAAAGGUUACCAUCAGUAUGUUAGGGAGGCGUGGUGUAAGCUGGUGCAAGGCACUCCUAUGUUCAGAGUUGUGGCCAAACUCAAGAGAGUUAAAAUUGCCUUGAAGAAUUUGAAUACCUGUAUAGUUGGUGAUAUCAGUACCUCUUAUUUUCAAUCUGAGCAGUUACUUCAUCAAGUGCAGCAGCAGGUAAAUGGUGACCCUCAUAAUCCUCAGCUUAUUGCUGAUGAAUUGAGAUACAGGCAAGAGCAUAACGCCCGUAGAGAAGCUUAUAUAGAUUUUUUGCGGCAAAAGGAAAACAUGACUUGGUUGCAAUCUAGGGAUGAAAAUACUCAAGUCUUUCAUCGGAGGAUUAGGCAACGUAGGUUGCAAAAUUAUGUCAUGGCUAUUCAUGAUGAGCAAGGUAAAUGGCAUGAUACUCCAAUGGGAAUUCAAAAUGCAUUUCUGGAGUAUUAUCAGAAUCUUUUGGGUGGGAAAUAUCAGAGACGAAGAAAAGUUCAACACUGUGUCAUGAAUGAAGGUCCUGUUCUUUCCAAAGCUAAUAUUCAAACUCUCUUGUAG